UACGAGGCAAAGAUUUAUCAGGUGUUUCUCGGUUAGUUUGCACGCGGCUGCGUAUCUGCUGUGGCGCUCGAUUGCGAUUAGUGCUAGUCUGCGGCAGAACGACCGACUGACCGCAAGAUGUCAAAGUCAACCGAGUCGGCGGCAGCGGAUCGGGUCGAGCUGGACGAUUUGCUCGAGGAAGUCGGACACUUUGGACCGUUUCAGCUGUGGCAGUGCUCGCUACUACUACUACCCGUCAUAUUUACCGCGUUUUCCAACCUCUGUUAUGUGUUUACCGCUGGUGACCUUCACUAUCGUUGUCUUGUUCCGGAGUGUGAAACGGCGUCCGGAAGCACACCGUACAGUCCGGAAUGGUUGAGAGCCGCGGUACCAUUUGGUGGCAAACCGGAGCAUCCAGCGAAAUGUGACCGAUAUCAGGUGAUACCGGCGAGUGCCGAUGAGUUCGUAUGUGAUGAAAGCCGGUUCAACCGAAGCGCCAUCGAACGGUGCACAGAGUUCGUGUACGCCGAUCCCACCGAAAGGACUAUCUUGAACGAUUUCCACCUAACGUGCGAAGAGAACCUUUGGAAGGUGACACUCGUCGGCACGGUCCACAGUAUUGGUCAGUUUGUAUCGCUCGCCCUGUCCGGUAUCAUAUCUGAUCGGUUUGGGCGUCGCUGGACGCUGCUGCUGUGUGUUGGAGUUGGUGCGGUUCUCGCGAUCAUUCGCUCGUUUGCCGGCAACUACCCCACCUUCAUAACACUCGAGCUCGUCGAGGCCAUGUUUGGUUCAACGAGCUACACUACCGCAUUCAUCCUCAGCCUCGAGCUAGUCGAACCGAGGUUGCGUGUCAUCGUGAAGAGCGUCAUCCUGGUAGCGUACGCUCUGGCCGAAGCUGUACUCGGAUUGCUGGCGAUGACGUUCCGCGACUGGCGUACCCUCACGAUCGUACUCUUCGUGCCCGGAGUGCUAUCGAUUCCGCUGCUUUACACCACCGUCGAGAGCGUUCGAUGGCUGCUCACCAAGGAUCGACAGUCGGACGUGGUGAACAUCCUGCAGCGGGUUGCCAAAGCCAACGGUCGGCCACCCCUGCCCAACAGCACUCUGGACGAGUUUUACCUGCAGCAAAAGGCAAAGCUCGAAGCGGAACAGAGUGAAGGAGGUGGUAAAAAAUCAUUUUUCCAACUAGUCCGCGAAACCUGCAAGCACCGGCGUUUGCUGCUGCGUAUCGCCAACUGUGCGUUCUGCUGGUUCACCAACGCGAUGGUGUAUUACGGCCUGACGCUCAACUCGGUCACACUGGCCGGGGAUAAGUAUAGUAAUUUUAUCUUCAUCACGCUCGCCGAGAUACCACCCUCGCUCGCUAUCAAUUUCAUACUGAAUCGAUUCGGCCGCCGGAAAACGCAAUGCGGCUCGUUGAUACUGUCCGGCGUGUUUUGCCUACUGGCGCUGACAGCACUCAAAGACAUCACCUGGCUGAAUGUGAGCCUGUUUUUAAUGAGCAAAAUGGCCAUCUCGCUCUCCUUCUCCACGCUCUACAUCUACACGGCCGAAAUCUUCCCGACCAACCUGCGCCAGAGCUUCAUUUCAUUCUGCUCGAUGGUGGGCCGGUUCGGGUCGAUGCUUGCUCCACAGAUGCCACUGCUUCAGGCGCUUUGGGCCCCACUGCCGAUGGUACUGUUCGGCACGGUGGCCGUACUGUCGGGCGUUUUGAUACUGGAGUUUCCCGAAACGACCGGAGUCACACUGCCUAAUACGCUUGAGGAGGCCAUCGAGCUUCACAGUCGGCGCAAGCGGUCAUCCGAGGAGGCCGAAAAGGGAUCGUAUUCUAGUCCUGGAUAAGUGGACUUUCGCCGUCAGCCGUUGAAACUCACCUGAAAUAUAUUAAACAAUUGUUUGUUAGGAAACGUGUAUUAGAUAGCAUAACUAUUCUUAA